GGUAGCCACCAACCACCCAUCCUCUCAGAUCUAACUUGGCUUAACAUUUGUACCUAUAAAUAACCAGAAUACCGCUGCUUCCAUUGCGCGCUUAGCCCUCUCUCUCCCUACCUCACAACUUGUGUCCAAAAGGAUUUUUAAAAAAACAAAAGAGAAAAAGUGUAAAAAUAAUAAGAAAUGAAGGUGAUAGAGAAAAUACGAGCUGCUGCAGCGGCUGAUCCGAAUAGAGUGGUGUUCUCAUUCGAGUUUUUCCCACCAAAGACUGAAGAUGGUGUGGAUAAUCUAUUUGAGAGGAUGGACCGCAUGGUGGCUCAUAAUCCUUCAUUUUGUGAUAUCACUUGGGGUGCUGGAGGAUCAACGGCUGAUCUAACAUUGGAAAUUGCAAACAAGAUGCAGAAUAUUGUGUGUGUUGAAACCAUGAUGCACCUCACUUGCACAAACAUGCCUGUUGAGAAGAUUGACCAUGCUCUUCAGACUAUCAAGUCUAAUGGGUUACAGAAUGUGCUUGCUCUUCGAGGCGAUCCCCCACAUGGUCAGGACAAAUUUGUUCAGACCGAAGGUGGCUUUGCCUGCGCCCGCGACCUGGUGAAACAUAUCAGAGACCAAUAUGGUGACUACUUUGGCAUUACAAUUGCUGGUUAUCCAGAGGCACAUCCAGAUGUCAUAGGAAGUGAUGGAUUGGCUCCAGUGGAAGGUUAUCAAAAUGAUCUUGCUUACCUGAAGAGCAAGGUUGACGCUGGCGCAGAUCUGAUUGUCACCCAGUUAUUUUAUGAUACGGAUAUUUUCCUCAAAUUUGUGAAUGACUGUCGCCAAAUCGGAAUAACUUGUCCUAUUGUGCCUGGAAUUAUGCCCAUUAAUAAUUACAAGGGCUUUUUCCGCAUGACUGGUUUUUGUAAAACAAAGAUACCUGCUGAAAUUAUUGCUGCUUUAGAGCCUAUCAAGGACAAUGAAGAAGCUGUAAAGUCUUAUGGAAUUCACCUGGGAACUGAAAUGUGCAAAAAGAUUUUAGCUCAUGGAAUCAAGACAUUGCAUAUUUAUACGCUAAAUAUGGAGAAAUCAGCAUUAGGAAUACUGAUGAAUCUUGGCUUAAUCGAAGAGUCCAAAAUUUCUAGGUCCUUACCUUGGAGACGCCCUACAAAUGUUUUCCGCAUUAAAGAAGAUGUUCGUCCAAUCUUUUGGGCAAAUCGUCCAAAAAGCUACAUAUCAAGGACCAUAGGAUGGGACCAAUACCCACAUGGGCGUUGGGGUGAUUCCGGUAAUCCAUCAUAUGGCGGAUUAAGUGAUUAUCAGUUCAUGCGGCCACGUGCACGGGACAAGAAGCUUAUUGAAGAAUGGGCUGUUCCCUUGAAAAGUAUUGAAGAUAUUUAUGAGAGAUUUAAAAUGUAUUGCCUUGGAAAGUUGAAAAGCAAUCCUUGGUCAGAACUAGAUGGUCUUCAGCCAGAGACAAAGAUCAUAAAUGAGCAGCUGGAGAAGAUCAACAUGAAGGGCUUCCUCACCAUCAAUAGCCAGCCGGCGGUCAAUGGGGAAAAGUCAGAUUCUCCUACUGUAGGCUGGGGUGGACCUGGUGGGUAUGUUUAUCAGAAGGCAUAUGUGGAGUUCUUCUGCUCUAAGGAAAAGCUGGAUGCACUUGUUGAAAAAUGCAAGGGUCGAUCAUCUCUAACCUAUAUGGCUGUGAAUAAAGAAGGGAGUUGGAAAUCUAAUGUGGGCCAAACUGAUGUGAAUGCUGUGACAUGGGGGGUCUUCCCAGCUAAGGAGAUAAUACAACCAACCAUCGUAGAUCCUGUCAGCUUCCAUGUAUGGAAGGAUGAGGCAUUUGAAAUUUGGUCAAGAGGAUGGGCAUCCUUGUACCCCGAGGGUGAUGCAUCCAGGAAAUUGGUUGAAGAGGUGGGGGGAAGCUACUUCUUGGUCAGCUUGGUCGACAAUGACUACGUUAGCGGCGAUCUUUUUGCUGUGUUUGCAGAUUUCUGAACGAGCUUCUGCAUAUAUUAGUGUUUUGAACUCUGCCAGUUCUGUUGCUUGUCAACCUUUUUCCUUUCUUUUAUUUUUUUCUCAACAUGAUGAUUCAAAUUACAUAGAUGGUUCUAAGUUGGAGUGACAAUUGAAUUGUCUGGACUAUAUCACUAUCAUUCUUCGGAGUUACAGGAGUAUUAUGUCGUUUCAUGAAGUCACCUGUACGUUAGACAAGUUGCUCAUUCCUCUGAAUUUGAUGGUUGUAGGAGACUCAAUUUAUAUUUCUAAAUAUAUGUAAGAGUGAAAGUAGAAGUAGAAGAUUGAAAUCUCGUGUCUUGUGUUUGCUAAGAUGAAGGCCUAACCUUCAAGCUAGCAGGGCCUCUUUUUUCUCAUUAUUUCUUUCUCUCAAACCUCGUCCUGUCUU